UCAUCAAAUGGUUUGAGUUAUCCUAACUUGGGUUUUUAAGGCAAUUGGUUUACUCAAACAGUUUGAGUUACCGUGACUUGUUGGGCAUAUAUCUUAUUUAGUGAACUCAACUGAAAUAAGUUCAGAGUACUCAUAACUAUUAGUUUUAAAAAAACUUAAAUAUUUUAAGACAAUAAGUUUCCUCAAAUGGUUUGAGUUAACCUAACUUGUCAGGUUUUUAAGGCAAUCGGUUUACUCAAUCGGUUUGAGUUACCCUAACUGUUAGGUUUUACAGUGUAAAAAAGCUAAAUCCAGUAAUUGAUGAUGGUUUUUUGAGAGUAGGAGGUCGCAUAUCUUCAUCAGACCUGUCUCAAAGAGAAAAGCAUCCUCUCAUUAUCGCACCAUAUUGCCAUCCUCCUGGUAAGACACUAUCACACCCAAGUAGCACACUAGGGACGUCAUUUUACUGAUGGAGCCAUCAGAGCUGCUGGAUUUUGGAUAAUAGGGAGCAAACAUCUCGUUUCCAGUAUCAUUCACAACUGUGUUAUCUGCCGCAAGCUAAGAGGGAGAUUGCAGACUCAAAGGAUGGCAGAUUUGCCUGCAGAUAGACUAUCGACUGAACCACCCUUUACUAACGUAGGCAUUGAUGUGUUUGGCCCAUGGAGUGUGGUCACACGGCGUACAAGAGGUGGCAGCGCAGAUUCAAAACGCUGGGCAGUGAUUUUCGUGUGCUUGUCUGUCAGAGCAGUGCAUAUUGAGCUGAUUGAGUCUAUGUCUACAUCAAGUUUUAUCAAUGCAUUGCGUCGAUUUUUCUCUAUUCGCGGCCCAGCAAAACUACUUCGAUCUGAUAGAGGUACAAACUUUGUAGGUGCCUGCAAAGAGUUGAAAAUCAACGUGAAUGACUCUGGGUUAAGUGCCUACCUCAAAGACACAGGAUGCACGUGGAUCUUCAAUCCGCCCCAUGCUUCACACAUGGGGGGAUCUUGGGAGAGACUCAUUGGAGUUGCUAGACGAAUUCUGGAUGAUAUUCUGAUUCAAAAACCCACACGCCUCACGCAUGAGAUUCUGACGACUCUAAUGGCUGAAGUUAUGGCAAUCAUAAAUGCGAGGCCUUUAGUACCAGUGUCUACAGACCCAGACUCUCCAGAAAUACUAACUCCAGCAUUGUUGUUGACACAGAAACGGAACACAGGUGCAGAUCCUGAGGGAGAUUUUGGCACAAAUGAUCUCCACACAAAACAGUGGAAACAAGUGCAGUGUCUUGCCGAUACCUUUUGGAAAAGAUGGCGAAGGGAAUAUUUGUCGACACUGCAGAAUCGUAAAAAGUGGCCUGAUGCAAAAACAAAUGUGAAAGUUGGUGAUGUUGUGCUUUUGAAAGAAAGUCAAGCACCAAGGAACAGCUGGCCUAUUGGACUUGUCGUAAAAACCAUUCCAAGUGCAGACAAAUUGGUUCGUAAAGUGGAACUGAAAAUUGUUGACCAAGGAACCACUAAAUUCUUUAUGAGACCAAUAUCGGAAAUAGUCAUUCUCUUUUCUCCCAAGACUUAGAGACAUUAGUGAAAGACUUUAAAAAGUUAAUGUCAAGAAGUAGUGGCAUAAUUUCAUUAUACUUGUGUGCUGCCCUUAGACAUUGAAAUGUUAUUUUUGUGUAUUAUUUUACUAUUUUAUUUUUAUAUAUUUUGUGAAUUAUUUCCUGUGGGACUUUUAUUGUGAAAUCGUGAUCUCACUGCGCGGAAGCGCGGAUGUUCGGUUUUGUUCAGAAACGAAAGAGAAGGAAUGAUGACGCAGCACAGCUCAGAAAGGCAUCCUUUAACAGUUUAGCUCUGGAAAACAUUUGACUGUAAGUCAUUUACGAUGUUAAUCAAGUUGUUAUGGAGGUUUGAAUGUAACAAGUGAUUUGACUGUCUUUGAUGUUAAAACGAACACUGUUAUUGAAGAGAACGCUUGUGAAUAAGAGCAAACAGUUGACUGUCAUCAAACAGGAUGAUAGCUGGAUACUAUUUUUUCUUGUAAUGUGUAUUUACAUAUUGUAUUUUCUAUAUUUUCAGUUUUACAGUAAAGGAUAAUCACCAAGAAAAGUACGCCUUGGGACUUUAUUCUAAAUGUUUGCUAUCUGUCUAAUGGAGCACAGUCACGUGCUAUGAGGGCAGAAUAGCACGAGUACUUAGAGCUCAUCAACCAGGUCUGGGCCACCCAGUAAAAGGGUUCAGGACCAGGGAUAGCUCCAACACAGGUGUUCACCUUUUCUCCUCUAACAGGGAGCCUCAGCUGCAGGCUGAUAGAGACAAUCAACAACCACCACAUAAAAGGGAACAGAGAGGCCUCAGUACUCUCUUAACCAGGGAGAUGAACAAAUGCUGAAUGCUGGACCACCCUAAACCAAGACAGAACAAGUUCUUGAGGGCAGAGGCUUAGUGGGAUCGUGAGUAGCCUGAACAUCUUUGACUAAUCCUCCAUCUCUUCUGUCUUCCCUUCAGAGAGAUUGAUCUGCUGCCCCAAUGCCAACCCCAGAAGAAAGAAAGACAACAAAAGUUGUGAGAAAACAAACUGAUCAGGUGGUGGUUACUUAUUGAUGAUUCAGUCAUCAUGUAGUGCAGUGGUUUUCAAACUUGUUCCUGGGGACCCACAGCACUGCACAUUUUGCAUGUUUCUUUAAUUUACACACCUGAUUCAGAUCAUCAGCUCAUUAGGAAAGAGCUCCAUGAACUCAAAUCAGUGUGUCAGAUAAGGGAGACAUGCAAAAUGUGCAGAGCAGUGGAUCCCGAGGAACAGGAUUGAAAAUCACUGAUGUAGUGUCCUGAUUCACUGAUCUCCAGAGGUGGAAAGUCCAGGGGCCGAAGAGUAAAAGUCCUGUCAUAUUUUUGUUCCACCCAUGAACUCAGCCAGCUGAUUUCACCAGGGGAGGAACCAAGUCAUUCCUUUCAAGUCACAAGCAAGUCUUAAGUCAAAUCCCAAAUCCUCAAAGAGUUAACGUUAAUGAGAUAAUUAAGUGACUAAUUAAAUGAUGAUUGUGCAUUAGUGAUGAACACCUGCUGUUAUUGAUGUCUGUGUGAAUCUACUUGCAGCUUUAGAUUAAAACUUUUUGUGGACAAACUGUUUGGAAAGUUCUUUAUAUUAGCUGGCUGUCACAAAACCACUGGCACUUAAAGUCACUUUUACUAUAGAGAAAAGCCUUUUGUGGACCAACUGUUUGGAGUUUUGAACUAUGGUACCCAACAUGCAACAUUACACUUUCUAUUAUAACCACUGUUGAGGUUCAUGUUGAUUUAUGAUGAGUUUGUGUGCUAUUAGAACUUAAAUUUUUGUACUUUUUUUAGAAGAAAAAAAAAUCAGUAAUGUUAUUGAUCUUAGGCUGCAGUUUCAUAAUUUGGAUACCAUAACCUCGCUUUCCUGGCAAAGUACAGAGCGCCUCAAGCUGGACCACCUGACGCUGCCUUGGAUGCAGCUAACUAUCAUCAUCUGCUCUCAUUUUGCCUUUAUUUGCUACUGCAAGCGUAUUUGAUAAGCACACCAUGACAACAACCAGCAAAAACAAACUAAUCGUAAUAAGAGUUAAGAGCCCAAUAAAUGGAAACAACGGUCACCAUUAUGGUUCGGGUGAUUGCUGCCCAACUGUGCAUUUCUCAUUCACAGCAGUUGUGAAUGAGACACUGCAUGGCUUGCCACACUCCUUAAUUUCUGUAGAAACCUUCUUCAUAUGAAAAUCUAAAGUGUUAUGGCGUGUAUUAGAACAAACAGCUG